CGUGCUGCCUUCAAGACCACUCGAUCACGUCCAGCUAGCAGCGGCAUUAAGGCCAGAUGGAGGAGGCGAGGAGGCGAGGCCAGGGCCUCCUGACCUCGGGCCUGGCCGUGGACGUGAAGGCCGAGGUCCAGUCGAUGGCCAAGUUCCCGCUGCCGCCGUCCCAGAAGUACCGUCACCUCAAGGUGGAGAAAAUGCUGAAGGAGAACGUUUCUGGCAGCAACAAAGCUCAGGUGUUGGAGUCGUUAACUCAUUUGAUGAAGGCCUUGAACAUACUGGAGAAAUACGGCUGCAACCUGACCAGCCCCACCCGGCCCAAGUGCUGGCGCAGCGUCAAGUACUUUAACCCGGUCUUCAGGACUACAGUGGACGCCAUCCAGGGCGGCCGCGGCGUGCUCAUCCUUUACGGCUACACCGUGCAGCAGUCGGACGGCCUCGGCUUCCCCGACGACGUCGCCGAGCCUGACCGUGAAACCGUCGCCAUGGUGACACUGGAGGUCAUGACGUUGCGUUCGGAGAUAGACAUGCUCAUCAAGGGCACACAUCCUCACCAGGAAAUCUUCAAAGACGUCAUCCCCCAUUUCGUCGUUCAGGAGGAUACGAUGGCGACUGACGCCGCCGUGAUCCCGCCGCGAGAAGAUACGUCAGCGUGCAAGCCAGCGCCUCCGCCCCUGCUGCCCAAGCCCAGACUGCCGGCAGCCGGAGAUGCUCAGAAACCGCCGUCAUCGUCGGUCCAGUGCAAUCUGUGCGGAGGCCCGGCAACGAUAGUGUGCCCCUCGUGCGACAGUCAAUCCUUUUGUGACGCGUGUGACGACCUCUUCCACCGCCAUCCCACCAGAACCAAUCACAAGCGAGACCGAGGACCGAAAACGAUGCCGCUGGAAAUAUGUUCCAUCUGCGGCGUGUCUUCCGUGCACGCUCAGUGCGCCACGUGCGUGCACGCGCUGUGCCUCAAGUGCGACGACCUUUUCCACUCGCAUCCCGAGCGAAAAGGUCACAGCAGGACGGUGCUCGCGCCCGCCAAGACCAACAGUGCGUCGACGUGGACGUGCGUUCACUGCACCACCGUCAACAAGUCGCACGACGCACUUUGCGCUACCUGCAAACGUAGCGUCACGCCCCCCAACGCAGAGUGGCAGUGUAAGAGCUGCACAGUCAUCAAUCAAGGCAGCAGCAUCCUGUGUGAGGUGUGUGAGCGCCCCCGUCUGGCCCCUCGCCCGUCCAUCGCCCCGGGGCUUUCCAGCCCGGGUUCUGGUUCUGGGGCCGGAGUGCAGUGGACGUGUCAGGUCUGCACCUUCGUCAACACCUCGUCCACGGGGGCGUGCGAGGUGUGCGGCUCUGCGGCUAAAUCGUCGGACGGACCCCCGUGUCCUCCCAAGCCCUCGGGCGACGCGAAGCCUCAAGCCGUGACGCCGCAGCCCAAGCCUCGAGUCAACUUGGCGCUGAAAAGGCAGGACCGCAUGAGGGAAGACGGACUCAAGCUUAUACGCCAGUUCAAAGAAGCCGAGAAGCGCGGCAUCAGCCCCGAGGAAGUGUACGCCGCGCUGCGCGUGUGCGACGGCAGCAGCGUGGACCCCUGCGAUUGGCAGGCGUCAGAACUGCCCCACCUGCUGGACGAGAUCUGCGCCAUGGCGGCCUCCGUGCACGUGAGCGUCUCGGCCGGCGGCGAAGGAGUCAAGCUGUCGAGAGCCGAGGCCAAGCUGGCCUGGCUGCAAACGGGGGGCGACACUGAGCGAGCCGUCAAGCAGCUCCUCCGAGACCGACAGAUGAAGAUGAGGGAGCUGCACUCUCUGGGCUUCAGGGACGCGCGUCAGUGCGAGGAGGCCCUGCGACAAAGCGCCGGCGAGGUGAAGGGGGCCCUGUCUGUGCUGCAGCGCCCCCUACUAGACGCCUUCCACAAGCGCAUCUGGAGCGAGCAGCCCGAGCCGCCCGUGGACCCCAAUCACCCCGACAAAGAGCGGAUGUGCCGGCGUCUGCUGGCGCUGUACGGCCUGCCCAGCUGGGGGCGCUGCGAGCUCACCCUGUCGCUGCUGCAGGAGCCGGGCGUGGCCUACUCGCUGGAGGACGUGGUGCAAGCGGUCAGGGCGUCGCACGACCGCGACUUCAUCAAGCGCGUCCUCAACAACGAGUGUCCGUGCUGCCUGAGCAUCUUCCCUCGUAGCAAGAUGCAGUCCCUGACGUCGUGUCAGUGCUCGGUGUGUCUGGAGUGUUUCACGCAGCACUUCACCAUCACGGUGCGCGACAAACAUAUCCGGGACAUGGUUUGUCCCAUCUGCCGCGAGCCUGACAUCAAUGACCCCGAGCAGCUGGAUAGCUACUUCUCCAUGCUGGACAUCCAGCUGCGGGAAUGUUUGGAGCCGGACGUCUAUGAGCUGUUCCACCGAAAGCUGACUGACCACGCGCUAAAGAAGGAUCCCAAGUUCCUGUGGUGCUGCCAUUGCGUCUCCGGCUUCAUCAAUGAAGGCGAUCAGCUGAAGGUGACGUGUUUGUCCUGCUGCAACAGCUUCUGCGCCCAGUGCAAGAAACCAUGGGAGACUCAGCAUCAAGAUCAGUCCUGCGAGCAAUUCCAGCAGUGGAAGCGGGACAACGACGUCGAGUAUCAAAGACAAGGCCUGGCCGGCUACCUGAGGGACAACGGCAUCACUUGUCCUCAGUGUCACUUCCAGUACGCGCUGACGAAAGGUGGCUGCAUGCACUUCAGCUGCAGUCAGUGCAGGUACCAGUUCUGCAGCGGCUGCAACAACCCUUACUACAAGACGGGCUGCAGGACGGAGCAGUGCAGCUUCUCGGGCCUCCACGCUCAUCAUCCUCGCGACUGCCUCUUCUACCUGCGUGACUGGGACGCCAUUAGGCUGCAGGCGCUGCUGAAAAGGGGAGGCGUGGCCUUCAACACAGAACCUUCUGAUGAACUGCAGACGGACACGUGCGGCGUGAUGGAGCAGAGGGACGAAGGAGGUCAGCCCGCCGACUUGCCGUGCGGCGUCCAGUCUCGGCCGGGCCAGGCCGGACUCUGCGAGAAACACUACCGAGAGUACCUGGUCAGUCUGAUCAAUGCCCACUCGCUCGACCCCGCACCUCUCUACGACGGCUGCGAGCUGAUCCGAGCCUGCGAAAGGUACCAGGUGGACGCGAAAAGGCCCGAGAACGAGGACGACGUCGCCAACCACGCCCGUCUGCUCACGAAACUGAUGGAGGUUCCUCUGGGCGAAAAGGUUCCCAGGAACGCGACUCACCACGCGUUCCUGUGCUUCGUCAUUGCCCAACACACACACACGAGCAGGCCACGGGGGCGCGGACGCGAAGAUCCCAAAAACGGCAGCACAAGCCGCGGCCAGCGAGCGUGCCUCGGACUUGCUUGCUCGGAACCCAUGGCCCCUGCGACGCCGCGAAGCACCCGCAGGCUGCGCUCGUGGAUCGUGGAACAGGUGAGCAGCGGGAAAUUUCCUGGUUUGAGAUGGGAAGACGAGGCCGAAACCAUGUUCCGCAUCCCGUGGAAACACGCCGGGAAGCAGGACUUCCGGAAGGACGAGGACGCUGCCAUCUUUAAGGCGUGGGCGGAGUUCAAGGGCAAGCUGAGCGAAAGCAACCCGGCCGUGUGGAAGACGCGCCUGCGCUGCGCUCUCAACAAGAGCCCCGAGUUCAGCGAGGUCGUAGACCGAGCCCAGCUGGACAUCUCGGAGCCAUACAAAGUGUACCGUCUGGUGCCCGUCAGCGAGCAGGACGCACAGACGCUGGAGAGGAAACGAGGAGAGAAAAGAGCCAGGAAGUGGAAGAGGAGGAGCGGCGACGUGGCGGCCGGCCAAGAUGUCGCUGAUCCCAAGCAGAUGAAGACGGAGGAUGAAGUCCAAGUUCAGCUGCAUGCAAAAGACGUUGUGCAAAGUGCACAUUUCCUGCCAGAAGCACACCCGGCCCAGACGGACGCCCCCGUGCAGGAUGCCCCGCUCAGCGAAAUCCGACUGGACGUCCGCAUUGAGGAAAGUGUCACGCCUCCUCAGGAAGACAAGGACUCGUUGCACAUAGCGGUGCACUAUUUGGGCCAGAAAGUGCUGACGCGUCACAUCCACGGGCCCGACGUGCGGGUCCUGUACGUGCCGUCGUCCUCGCCCGUGCCACCCACGCCGGCCCCCGACGUCUGCUUCCCGCGCAUCCACCUGCCGGAGCCGCCGCCCUCGCUGCCCGACGACAGGGCGGCGUUACUCUCCCUGCUGCCCUUCAUGGAGAAGGGCGUGGCGCUAACGUCCACCCAGCAGGGCGUCUACGGCCGACGCUUCUGCCGGGGCCGGGUCUUCUGGACGGGGCCGCACACUUCCUCGCCCGGCCUGCGCAAGAUGGAGAGGAACUCCGAGCCAGUCCUGCUCUUCAGCAAAGACACCUUCAAGCAACAGCUGGAUGACUUCCGUGUGAACGGUGGCGAGCCGCCGCAGUCCAGCCUCACUCUUUGCUUUGGAGAAGAACUGAGCGGCUCCGAAGAUCCGUCCGGAAAAUUCAUCAUUGUUCAGGUGAGGCUGCCGUGGGCCGAGCAGCAGGUCCAAAGCGCUCACUCCAUCGUGGAGUCCUUCACCCUCCUGCAGUCGCCGCUGGACGAGAUCACGCUCAGCCUCGCCGUGCCGACCGUGGAGCAGGCGCCCUGAGGGAAGGGCGCGGGAGGAGAGCGGCUUUUAACCCCUCAAACGACACUGACGUCACUUUUCUUUUUUAAACAAAAGAGUUUGGACACCUCAAGUUUGAACUCUGCAUGACUGGCGAGCCUUGAAUGGAAAAAGGUGUACACUACGUGUGUGUGUGUACACAAAACACUUCAACUGGAUUUACACUGUAGCUCCAAGUGGCCAAUUCCAAUACAUUUUGUUGACGCUCUAUUUCGAUGUACAGUGGAUAUAAAAAGUCUACACAUCCUUUUAAUCACAAGGUUUUUUUUUUUUUGGUAUUACAAAACGAGAUCAAUCAUUUCAAAACUUUUAACGUGACUUAUAACCUGAAUACAAUGGGAUUAAAAUAUUUUCAAGAGGGGAAGUAAACUAUGUGGCAUACUCGAACCGCUGAACUUUAUUUGGGGUUCAUCAGAGGCACAUCAAAGGGUGGCAGGUAUGUGCUGAUUUCCAUUUAACGGGUUUCAAUGUGAUCGGUUAAUUCUGAUGACAGCAGCAUCCCAAGUUAUGCGGGUGUGCACACUUGUGCCACCACAUCGCAGUUAUUUUUACUUCCCCUCACAAAAAAACAGUAUUAGAACAGUAUUAGAACAACUUUUUAUGUCCACUACAUUUUAAGGGACAUGUUUUAAAUGACUUUCUACAUUUUUGGAACACAUGAAAUGACUGAGAUGCCCAAGUUGCAUGUAAAUAACUCCACAAGUGUCAACACUGAAGAAAACAAGAAUACAUAACACAAACCAUGAAUUAAAAUGAAGGGAAUGUCCACAUUAUUUUACCACUUCAAUGUUGUAUGCAUCUCUAGUGUAGUAUGUUUAAGCCAUAUUUAAUCAUCUACGCUUUGACUGUAGAUUUGCAGCAGCUGUUUUUUUUAAUGGCAUUGAGUUAUAUCCUACCUGUGUUCACGUUGCACUCGCGUCGGCAAAUAUCUGAUAUGCAUCACAUUUAUUUUUAUGUCCCAAUUAUGACACGGGGUGGGGGGGGGGGGGGGAAGAGAGAAACAAUCAUGUUACUAAAAUCCAACUGUAAAAAUUAAGGAACUAUGUAGAAAUUAGUUGAGGUGCUUCAUUUAGACAAAAGUGGUGCUUUGCCACCAUCUUUAUAGGCAGUUCUAAACCUUUUUAGGGGUGGCUGUCAAUUACUUGCGGAUUUCCGGUGGUUCUUCAUUAAACAAAACGGUCGCGCGGUAGGGUCAUUUAAUGGAGCCAGGAUCAAGUCCAACAUGGUGGAAUGUGAAGUGGAGUCUCCGUGGGGUGCGUUUACAUGUCCUCGAAGGACACUCACGACUGGGGAGGGGGUCCUCAUGUUGCUAUUGUUAUUUGUUAUGUUGUGUUAGUCAAACAAAAAAGACAAUAAAAAUCUUUCUACAGUA